ACAAUGGGUGCCCAAGAGUUCUUUUACUUACCAGCUUUUGUCUUCCUGUUGCUACUGUUUCAUCCAGUAAAUACUCAAUACCAUCGUGAUACACGCGAAGUCUCUUUUUUUGGUAUGAUGCUUCAAAACAACAUCUUUAAAACAAUCACUGGAGCAGCACUCGGUGAUGUGUGUUUGCUGGAAUGUUAUCGUGACGUCAGAUGCCAAAGCUUUAACUAUGUAUUCACCCAAGACAAAUGUGAGCUUAGCGACCGCACGAAGGAAGCCAGGCCUGAAGAUUUUGUACCCAACUCUGAGAGAUAUUACUUCAGGCGAGAUAUGAAGAGAGCUCAUCUCGGUUCCAUUCUAGAGCUGCCUGCAGACUCAUGUAAGGAAAUCAAGUCAAGUGAAGGUGGACAAGCUGUCAGCGGAAAAUACUGGUUGAAUUUCAUCAAACCUGACACUCCUGUCUUGGCUCACUGUGACAUGAAGACCGAAGAUGCUGACGAAUGUAAUGCGUCCAUUAGUGUUUGUGAUGUGAACGCUAACUGCAAAAACACUCUGGGAUCGUAUCGCUGCUUUUGCAGAGCCGGUUUUUCUGGAGAUGGACAUACCUGCAAAGAUGUUGACGAGUGUAAUGGCUCUAACCCAGUUUGUGACGUUAACGCUGACUGCAAGAAUACUAUCGGCUCCUAUAGUUGUUUUUGCAAAGCCGGAUUUUUUGGAGAUGGGAAAAAUUGUAAUAAUGCAUUUAGGGCCAUCUUUACAAGUCUUGGAGCAAGUGGAAGAAACGGACCAACAACAUUAGGUAGUCACUACACAGGUCAAGAUCACGACGGACAAGUUGUUCUGUCUAGCGGUAUUCAACAAUGGACUGUGCCGUACUCUUGUGACUACAGAAUAGAAGCAAUAGGAGCUGCAGGAGGGUACGGACUACGCAGUAACAAUGGUCAAUACCGAGGGAGAGGUGCAAGAAUGAUCGGUACUUUCUCCUUAAAUAAAAGUGAAACCAUCCAAAUUAUUGUUGGUCAAGAAGGUGGAAUCAAUAACGUCUCUAACUCGGCUGGAGGCGGUGGAGGUACCUUUGUGGUGAAAGGAAACAAUAGCCCUUUGAUAAUAGCUGGAGGUGGAGGAGGGAUGGAAGUGGUCACCACGAGACAUGCAGGAUGCGAUGCUAGCACGAGCACCGCAGGGAAUCCUGGUUACAGGUCAUGGACAGGAGGGAGCAAUGGACAUGGUGCACAAGUUGCUGAUAAUGGUAAUUCAGGAGGUGGAGGAGGCGGUUUCUACUCCAGUGGGAGAAGUUCGCGACAGUUUGGCGGAAGCAAGGGAAAUGGUGGAGAAGGUGGCAAAGGAUUUCUUCAGGGAGGAGUUGGUGGACGAUCCUGGUAUAACAACAUCGAUGGUGGUUUUGGAGGGGGUGCUGGUUCGUAUGGAAUAGGCGGAGGAGCUGGAGGCGGAGGUGGUUACUCUGGUGGAAGCAGCGGAGAUAAUGAACAUGAUUCCUGUGGGGGUGGGGGUGGAUCUUUCAAUGCUGGAGACGAUCAGCAAAAGGAAUGUUGCUAUCAAACUUCUGGCCACGGUCAAGUGACCAUUACUUUAUUGAAAAUAUGAAUAGGAACCACCCGUCAGAUUGAUAGAAAAUGAGCUGCCAUCCCAUUGUUUUUCACCUUUUAGACUUUCCCUCUUUAAGCUCACACUCAAUUUUUUCACGUAACUUUCUAACUAGUAGGAGGACUUUAUUUUGCUUCACAGAAAGAAAACUGGUACCGUGAAAAAUUUAGAUAAUUGCUGUCUUAAAGUAAUAUCUUAGGAUGGUGCAGUUAAAAAAAAUAGACGUUGCACGUGGAAAAUGGAACCCUUUAAGCAAUCUCUUCAACAGUUUGCAAAAUGAAUUUUAGUCAUAUAUACUUCGUUAAGGUUUAAACAGUAAACAACGAAAUUUCUUACUUCCCAGUGUUUUAGGCUCUGUAGAACAAACAUUUUUUUUCUUAAUGCAUACCUAAAGAAUAAAGGCCAAUAUCAUAACCUGUUAUUUUCAGUAGUAUUGUUAUCAUUAUUAUUAUUGGUUUCUUUGUUUACUUACUUAGUCCGUGGGCCAGGCCCCCCCAAAAGUGACCUUUCAAUACCCCUCUCGGAGACAAAUGUUAUCAUAUACUUUUGAAGACUACAAUUACUCUAGUUUAAUAUUAUGUUGGAAAGCAGGGCCCUAUGGUUAGCUGAACAGGUAUUAUCAUGCAAUUAAAUGACGUCACCCCCUUUUUAAGAGUUGACAGUAAACAAACGAUAACUGUCUAAAACUAUUCCUUGGAAGCGCGUUAACCGUUCUUUAAUGGUAUUUUGUGUAUGAAAAUGAUAGAGGUUUCUCUUAGAUGAGUUUUUAAACUUCUGACUUUAAAAUUGUUUGAGUUUCAAUGUUUUUUCCAUGGCAACGCUAAAAUGUACUUCGGUGUAAUACAAAAAUUCUGAAUAUUUUUGUUUCAUGUUUUUUCUCGCAAAAUUCUCACCAAGUGGAAGAAGAAAAAAAUAAAAGAUUCACAGCCAACAGUUCUGUUAGAUACCAUCGCUACACAGACUACAUAUGUUCAUUAUUAUCCUCAUGCCAUCUUGGAUCCGCUAUGUUGCUUCCGCCAUCUCGGAUAUUA